AUGAUUAAGAAGACUUGUUAAUUUAUUAAUAUAGAAUAAAAAUGGUUAAGUAAGUAGUUAUUAGAAAAUCAUCUUUAUCUUUUUCUAAAUCAGCAAUAGUCUUUAAUAAGAAGUCGAAAGGUGCAUGGGUAUAAUUUUAGAAAAUAGAAGAUAUUUAUUUUGUUUAAGCCAUGCUGUUCAAUUAACCAACUUAAGAAUUAAUUUGUAGUUGUACGAUAAAUCUAAUAAAUUAGAAAACUCUGGUACUAACUUUAAUAGAAUGGUUGGCUUAAAAAGCUCAAAUGCGUUUAAGUUAUGGGAAUUGAUGAAUCAAUAAAAAGUGGAGAAAUAGUUCUAUUCACGAAUAUAGGAAAAUGGGCUUUUCUCAGUGUCUGCAGCUUCAUAUUGUUUAUAACCAAACAUCUAUUUGCAUUAUUUAUUUAGACGUUGAAGAUUAAGUUGUUCAGAAAAGAAUAGAUGUUGUUAAAACUAAUCCAUAUGGGAGUAGUUAAAUGACUUGAGAUGGC